AACUUUCUGAAACCUCCUUCCUCCUCCUUGAUCAGAGAACUUUCCGCUUUUGAAAAUCCACACAGUACAGAGAUGGCCAACCAAGAAAUGAAACCCAUUGCCACAUUGCUUCUGCUCCUCAACUUCUGCAUGUACGUGGUCGUUUUGGGAAUUGGUGGAUGGGCCAUGAACAGAGCAAUAGAUCAUGGCUUCAUCAUAGGUCAAGGAUUUGAACUUCCAGCUCAUUUUUCGCCCAUAUAUUUCCCCAUGGGGAAUGCAGCCACUGGAUUCUUUGUGAUGUUUUCUUUGAUUGCUGGAGUUGUUGGAGCUGCUUCUGCAAUUGUUGGAUUCAAUCAUGUCCGUUCAUGGACUCCUGAGAGCUUGCCAUCUGCAGCUUCUGUUGCUGCCGUUGCUUGGACUCUCACCCUUCUUGCCAUGGGCUUCGCCUGCAAAGAGAUUGAGCUUUAUAUCAGAAAUGCCCGCCUGAGAACAAUGGAGGCGUUCUUGAUUAUACUGUCAGCUACGCAGCUUUUCUACAUAGCAGCUAUUCAUGGCGCCAGGAGAUGAAGCGAGAGAGAGAUGUUGAGGAAGAUGACUCUGAUCAGAUGGGGCUUGUGUGAUUUGUUGUGUUUCGUUAUGUUCUGAUUUUCGGGUUUCAUUUCUGCUGUGAUUUUUUUUUUAUUUUUUUUUCAUCAGUCUUUUAUUUUCUGAAACAUGCUUGCAGAGUUGGCAGAUUGUGUGUAAUUUUCGUGAUUGGAUUUGUAUAAAUCAAUAUUAUUUAUAUUACUUAUUCCAAAUUAAAGAAA